AUGGGAAACAGUGGAGAGGAGGGGAAGUUGCAUCGGAGGUUGUCUCGUCUGGGGAGCAGGACACAAAUGAGGGAGCCCCCCAGACCCCCUCCUCAAUCAGACAAACCCCAAGCGGCAGCGCCUCCUCCAACGCCUCCUGAUCCUGCUCCUAAACCUGAAGCUCCCCCUAAAGCCCCAGAGCUACCUCCUAAACCCCAGGUUGUCAAUCCAAAGCCUCCAGAGGUCAGCCCAAAGCCCAGCAUCCCUCCAAAACCUCAAAUUCAAGAGUUCUGCAGUGAGGAGCACGGGUGUGCAAUCCUCCAGGGGUUGGAUCACUUUCGCCAUGAUGAGACACUUUGUGAUGUCACUCUGGUGCCUGGAGACAGCAACGAAACAUUCCCAGUUCACAGGGUCAUCAUGGCCUCUUCCAGUGAUUACUUCAAGGCCAUGUUUACAGGAGGAAUGAGGGAACAGGAGUUGAAGGAGAUUAAACUGCAUGGAGUGAGCAGCACAGGUCUAAGGAACAUCAUUCAGUUCAUCUACACGUCUCGUCUCAAGCUGAGCCUGGACACACUGCAGGACACACUGGAGGCGGCGAGUUUCCUGCAAGUCAUGCCUGUCCUCAGCUUCUGCAACCAGCUGCUGAGCAGUGAGAUCACAAUCGAUAACUGCGUGGAGGUAGAGCGCAUCGCGAACGACCUGCUUCUGGAAGAUGUGCAAAACCACAUCCACGACUUUGUGUGUGAAAACUUCAAAGUGCUGGUCCACAGCGGCCGCUUCCUACAGCUGUCUGAGUCCAGCAUGGUCCACACCCUGUCCAGUGAUUCCCUCAAGGGGUUCUCUGAGAUGGAGCUCUACAGAGCCGCCCGAGCCUGGCUUUCCCAUGACCCGGCCGGUCGACGGCCGGCCGCCUACUCGCUGAUGCGACACAUCCGCUUCCCCCUCAUGACUCCCUCCGAGCUCCUCCAGAUAUCCCAGGAGGACCAGGAGGACGGAGCGAACAAAGGAGAGGGUGGGGAGCACUUCAUGCGCACGGACACCGGCUGCGUCAACCUGCUCCUGGAGGCCAGCAACUACCAGAUGAUGCCGUUUCUCCAGCCGGCGCUGCAGACGGAACGGACGCGCAUUCGCUCCAGUUCCACCCACCUUCUGGCUUUGGGUGGAGUGAUGAGGCAGCAGUUGGUGGUGAGCAGGGAGCUAAGGCUUUACGACGAAGAGGGUGGAGGUACCUGGAGGGCCCUACAACCUAUGGAAGUGCCGCGAUACCAGCAUGGAGUGGCGCUGCUCGGUGGGUUUCUGUUUAUCGUGGGUGGUCAGAGCACAUACGACACCAAGGGCAAAACAGCCGUGGACAGCGCGUACCGGUACGACCCGAGGUUCGACCGCUGGCUCCAGAUCGCCUCCCUGAACGAGAAGAGAACGUUCUUCCAUUUGAGCGCGCUGAAGGACAAGCUCUACGCCGUCGGAGGCAGAAACGCCACGGGCGAGAUUGAUUCUGUGGAAUGUUACAACUUGCACAAAAAUGAGUGGACUUUUGUCUGCCCCAUGAGUGAACCUCACUAUGGUCAUGCUGGCACAGUACACGGUGACCUGAUGUAUGUUUCAGGCGGGAUAACCAGAGACGCUUUCCAGAAAGAGCUCUCGUGUUAUAACCCGAUCACAGAUUCGUGGAGUCGUCGAGCGGACAUGACAGAGCUGCGUGGGCUUCACUGCAUGUGCACCAUUGGCGACCGUCUCUACGUGAUGGGAGGAAACCACUUCCGUGGCACGAGUGACUACGAUGAUGUACUGGGCUGUGAGUAUUACAGUCCUGCCACAGACCAGUGGACCGUGGUGAGCCCCAUGCCCCGCGGGCAGAGUGACGUGGGCGUGGCCGUGUUUAAGGGACGGAUUUACGUGGUGGGGGGGUACUCCUGGAACAGCCGCUGCAUGGUGGACAUUGUUCAGUGUUAUGACCCCGAGAGAGACGAAUGGGAAAAGGUUUUCACUGUGCUGGAGCCCCUGGGGGGCAUACGCGCCUGUACGAUGACCGUCCAUUUUCCAGAAGGUUCUGUGGACGGGGCUCAAAUGCAGGAUUGUCCUCUCCCUACCGCCAAUAACUGA